AUGAACUGGCUCGCGUUCUUCGCGCUCCUGGAAGCGGCUCUGGCGGGAAGCGGCUGCAACGAGGUUGUGCAGGACUUGGGACCCUGGAUCGAUUCUGCCAGUGUGGAGAAGACCGAGGAGGGCUUUUCUCUCUCUUUGGUCCUCGUCGGGGGCGACGUGGCCGCCUCGUCCACGGAGUCCGUGGAGCUCCUCAUCGGGCGCCAGGCGGAGGGCCACACGAGGCAUUUCGUACUGCCAAAGGCUGCUGCCCGAAAGGGAGGCAUCCUCGAAAUCAGUGCCUGGGCUGGUUGGGUGUUCAAGCCCUCGCGGAAUUCUGCAAGUGCAUAUGUUAUGGCUUUCGAGGUAGCUGCUUUCGCGUUCCCAAUCGUGAAGAGUGUACCCCAAAGCAGAAGCCAAGGAACGGAGGAAGACUUGCUUGGCGGAGUUGGAGACGGCAGCUUCUCCAUGCAGGCCACGCUCGUUGAGGUCAACGGCAACAACCACGGCCCCGAAAGCCUCUCCUGUCGUGGGGAGGGAGAGCACAGCACUUGCCGCCGCACAGAGAAGAACUUGCCAGCUACGGUUUCGCCUUCACCUGUGGCCGGAGAGGGUGGCCACAUGAUGAGGGGCUCUGGUGCAGGCAUGCAGGGUGCAGGCAUGCAAGGCGCAGACCACGGCCCGGGCUUUCAGAUGAUGGUGGUCGCAGCACUCUUCGUCUGCCUGUCUUGCCUCUGCGGCGCUCUGUUCCUGCAUCGCUUUGGGAUAAAGCCCGGAGCGCGGAAUGUCGACUCCGUGCCUAAAGUUAUGGGCAAGAUGGCAGAUGGCAACCUCUCCACUGUUCAGACCAUGACACGAAACCGUGCCUUCGAGAACGACUCGGACAGCGACGCUCCGCGGGUGUUGAGCCCAAAACCACAAACCCUAUAA